UAAUCAAUGUUAUAGUGACGGCUGUUACGCGUAGUGUAUGUGAUGUUUUAAUUUGAGUUACACAAGAUUAAACUUAAUGUUGAAAAAGAUCUUUGUGAAAGAAACAUUGAGGGCUGACAGGAAAAUCAUGACGUGAUAUUUUUAUAGAGAAACGAGAAAAAUCUUAUUUCACGCGAGAAAGAUCUUUGUUGAAACUUCAUUCAUUUAUUCAUAAAAUUAUUAAAAUUUGAAUACUUAAUAUUUACUCGAACUUCGAAGUUGAUAAUGAUAAUUGAUAUAGUUCUUUAAUGAAAUUUGUCGUUGAUUUUAUUAUAAAUUUAUAAUCUGAGCUUUGUAGUAUUAGUAAAGCUAAGCUAUAAACUUUAGUGUCACUAAUAUCAGCAGAACUGUUGUAAUCAAUAUUAACUGAAAUAAACGCAUACAUGAUAUAGAACUUAGAUGCUGGGUGAGUGGAGUUGAUCAGUGUCAAGUUGUAGGCGUGGUGUAAGAGCUGAAAAAUUGACUUCAUCGAAUUAGUAAUCAAAUGCUAAUUGUAUAAUGUUGAAGAAGCUAAAAGAAUUGGGAAAUUGAUCUUUGCUUAUGUAACUGAGAUCAGUGAGUUUUACUGAAAAGUUUGAUUCAGGACUGUAGGAUGGAGACAAAAAACAGUGAACCUAUAGUGGAACACGGUAUCGUUACAACAGAUCUAGAAUGUUUGGAAGCUGUAAAAACCACCAAGUCUCUGGUUUAUGUGAAAGAAUCUACUGUAGAUCAUCAUACUGACAAUUUUGUAAACAAUGACUUUGAACCAUCAUCAUUACAGGUUAAAAAUAGUGUUCGUUUAGUGGAAAUAUCAGAAACUGCAUGUGGAAACAUACAACCAGACACUUCUUGUGAAUUGUCAGGAACCACAACAGGAGAAAACUUGUUAGAGUUCAAUCCUAUCGAAGGAAGUAAGUGUGCAGCAGAAAUAGAAAUUCCUUUAAUUUAUCAAACAGGACAGCAUGAAUAUUCAUCAAGAAAUGGAGCAGCCACAACUACUGUAAACAGAGUUGUGGAUACAGUUAAUGAAAGUAUACAUAUUUUACAAGAAUCAACAUCAAGAAAUCUCUCAGUAAACAUUGUUGAAGCUUCAACUUUAAACAUUGAAGAUUUUGAAACAAGUGUACAAUGUUACGAACCUUCAUCUAAACGAAAACGAAGGAGACCUCAAAAAUUAAUCUAUUUUUCAGAAGAGAAAAGAAUGAAAACAAGUAAUAAAAGAAAGGGACAGAGAGUAAAAAGGUUAGCAAAAACUCAGUCAUGGGAAUGUUCUUAUUGUGAUGCAUUUUUUAAAACCAAAGUUCAUCGUGACAAACAUUUUAAACAAGCCCAUCAAUUUCAGUGCAAUUCAUGUGAUCAGGUAUUUUUAUCUAAAACUGAUUUUGAGUUUCAUGUUAGUUCUGUUCAUGGAAGCUUGAAUGGAAAUAGUGUGCCAAAAUGUUCAUCAUUCUCUGAAAGUUCUGUAAGUAUUAAUGAAGGAACUGGAUAUGUGUGUUCUAUGAAUAAGGGAAAAGAAUUACAAGACAAAAUACACGGAAAGUACUCUUGCUGGAAGUGUGGCAAGAUGUUUCUUGUGAAAAAAAAGCUUACUCGUCAUUUGCAUUGUCACUCAGAGCAGAAAAAAUUUUCUUGUGAGAAUUGUGGGAAAGCUUUUAAAGAGAAGGGAAGUUUGAGCAAGCAUUAUGAGACUCAUUAUCAUCAGAAUAUUCCUUGUGAAAUGUGUGGUAAACAGUACAAAAGCAAUAGAACUCUAUUAAAACAUAUGCAGACUCACAAGAAUUCUAACCACAACUGUGAAAUCUGUGGCAAAAAUUACAGAACCCAAAUUGGACUUGAGUCACACAUGACUACACAUAGGCCUGGUCCAAGUCAAUAUACAUGCUCAGUGUGUCAGCAUGAUUGUCGCACUAAACAUUACUUGUCGGUUCACAUGAAACAAAGACAUCAAAAUGGAAGUUUUUCUGUUUUUACUUGUCCAGAAUGUGGGAAGGAAUUCAAGUGGGAAUUAUCCCUCAAAAACCAUUUAUUUGUGAAACAUGGAAAAGGAAAAGGGAAAGGAGUCAUAGAAUGUGACAUUUGUCAGAAAAAGUUUGUUAACAAAUACAACUUGCUGGCUCAUCUGCCUCAUCACAAUGAGCUCCGUCCAUAUAAGUGUGAACACUGUGCUGUGUGUUUUAAAUAUAAGCACUCCUAUGAAAAACAUCUUGAGGUGGUUCAUAGUGACAAAAAGGAGCAUCAGUGCAGUGUAUGUGGAAAGCUGUUUAAAACUAAAGCUUACUUGAAUGCUCAUGAAACCAAUGUACAUCAUUCUGGAGCUAAAGAAGUGUGCAGGAUUUGUAACAAGAAUUUCAAGACAGCCAAAAUACUGCGUGCUCAUCUUAAAUGCCACAGUGAUGGUGGAAAGAGAAAGUUCAUUUGCUCUUCUUGUCCUCGGGGAUUUGCUUUUCCAAAGGACCUUCGAAGACAUGAAAAAGUUCACACUGGUGUAAAGGAUUAUGAAUGUGAUGAGUGUGGAAAAGCAUUUGCUCGUAUGGAUAACUUAAGAACUCAUCUUAAAUUGCAUAAACAAGCAGAAACAUGAAAAUCAGUGAAACUUUGGGAACAUGAUUGCAUAAUAAAUAUUGUGUAAUAGAAAUUGUGUUGAUAGUAUCUUUCCCAAAGAGCUAAACUUUUCUUUUGAACUACUUAAAACAGGUUCAGUAUAAUCCAACUUGAUUUUGCCUUUAUACCAGCAUGUUUAAAAAGCAUAUAAAUUUUGCAGUUGUUAAACUUUAGUUUUGUGGGAAUGUUUGUAUAUUUGGAUGUAUAUAGAAAAUGUUUAUCAAUAAUAAAAAUUCAUUAAAAUAUCAACCUCAUUAGUUUUUCAAUAUAAUA